AUAUUUUUUUUCCAGAUGGCAGGAGGAAUCAUUUUCUCUUAUGAUGAGCUGUUUGAUCCAGACUAUGCCAGCCUCCAUCCCCUCGUCUGUCACCUGUGUCAUGAGCAAUACCACCAACCAUGUCUUCUGGACUGCUACCACAUCUUCUGUGCCAGUUGUCUGCAUGGCAGGGCCAGUGAAAAUCGCCUCUAUUGCCCCCUCUGUGGAUGCCCCUCAGUCGUAAUGGGGACAAAUGCACUUCCCCCAGAGGACCGUUUGCUCAAGUUCCUGGUGGAUAAUUCGACAGACAGUGUAGUACAAUGUGCUAACUGUGAUGUGGAGUGGAAAGCACAGGAAGCUGGGGCCAUGUAUUACUGUAACACCUGCAGCCAGCCACUGUGUGGACAGUGCAGAGAGCUUACACACAAAGCUAGGAUGUUUUCCCGGCACGAUAUUGUGUCCCUGACCAAACGCACCAAAGAGGGCCACCGCAAGUGCUCCCUCCAUGAAGAGUUGUACAUCAUGUUUUCGACAGAGAAGAAGUCCAUGCUGUGCAUCAAGUGUUUCAGAGACAUGCAAAUUGAGAAUCGCACCCAUUGCAUUGACAUUGAGACUGCAUACGGGCAGGGAUGUGAAAUACUGGAUCAAGCUGUUCUGGCAGUGAAGGAGCUGCAGACGUCAGCGCGAGAGGCCAUCGUAUUGCUGAAGGCCAUGGUCGGUGAAGUGCGGACAAACGCUGAGGAGGAGGAAAGUGCUAUCUGUACUCUGUUCAACAGUAUGCAGGAAAAACUCACAGAGAGGAAAAAGGCCAUGUUAAACGCAACUGAAAGUCAACAUGAAGAGAAGGAGAAGGAACUAAAGGAACAGCUUUCUCACUUGGCCACCCUCUUGCCCACCCUUCAGGUGCACCUGGUCAACUGCUCUGCUUUUCUCAGCUCAGCCAAUAAAUAUGAGUUCUUAGAUAUGGGAUAUCAGUUGAUGGACAGACUGUGUGGCAUUGUAAAGCUUCCUCACAGGCUUCGUCCUGUCCAGAGAAGUAAGAUAAACACAGACUACCAUGCUGAGUUUGCCCGCUGUCUGGAGCCUCUUCUGUUGUUGGGCCAGCGGAGGCCUGGCUCUGUAACUGCAGGAAUUACCCUGAGUAACAGGCUGUCCCCUCUCUCUAUGUCGUGCCUGUCCCCUUUUUUCGGUGAAAUGCCUUUUGGCCGCCGGCCCACCUUUCACCGAAACAUUUGCACCAAGUUGCUUCUUGCUGAGGGCACAGAGUCACCCUUCACUGAGCACUGCCGCAACUUUGAGAAGAGCUACAGGGUUCUUCAAACAGAAGUCCAGAGACUGAAGGACGAGGUUCAGGAGAUGCACAGAGACCUAACAAAGCAUCACUCUCUCAUCAACACGGACACUAUGGAUGAGAUCCUGGAAAGGUCUGUACUAAUUGAUGAACAGAUCGCGUCUCAAUACUCUGCAGUGCAGACCCAAAGGGCCAUAUUUGAGGAGAUAUGGGAUGUGACCUUUCAAAGAGUAACCAAAGAGCAAGAGAUCUACGAAGCACAGCUCCAUGACCUUCUGCAGCUGAAGCAAGAAAAUUCCUACUUGACAACCAUUACAAGACAAAUUGGACCCUACAUCUUAUCCAUAGCAAAAGUAAAAGAGCGUCUGGAACCCAGGUUUAAUAAGCCUGAGAAUGACUGCAUGGACACUCUAGUGAAAAUAUGUGAGGACAGCGCAAUGACUGCAGAACAAAACCGCUGCAAUGAGUCACAGAAGAGUCGCUCAGCAGGAUACGAUCGGGACCCUGGCACAGACAACUCUCUUAUCCUGGCGCCUGGUGAAACGCUACUAAAGAGCAAUGACUUGUGCUGGCAAGGAAAGCAGAUAAAUAUUUCAAAGUCCUCUUGCGGCAAAGAGCUGCCACUAUAGUGCUGCAUGAACACUGACCACAGAUGUGGCAUGUGCUUUCAAGCAUGUGCUAGAUGUCAACACAUGAACAUGGGGCUUUACAGUACCUGAAAAAUAAGAAGGAGAUGAAUGGAAUAUUGAUAACCUGAGUGUUUCAAAUCAAUUCGACCUUAACUAUAAACCGUUUGGAACGGAUGGUCCAUGAAUGUUUCAAUGACCAGUUGGAUUGUGAUUUUGUUGUUGUUUUUAUGUGUGCUGCUAAAAUAUAAGAAAUAAUCUAUUUAAAAAAGUUCAAAGAUUUGCUUAUCCGUCAUACCAGCUGGAUGUCCAAUUAAAUAUAUUCAUACGUUUAGAGGAACACAGGAGACCGUUUCUAUACCAGUGCUAGAAGGGCUUUCCAGAGCACUACAGCCAUUAGGUUUCUGUGAAAUGUUGGGUCUGCUGAUCAUGGCUGUCAUCACCUUCCCUGUGUGUAAUAAUGGAAAGAGAACUUAACAUACCAUAUCAUAAAAUCAGAUUACAGUACUUUAGACCAAUGCCCCAGAGAAUACUGUUUAAACAGACAUACAUUAACAAAGACUGAAGGAUAAACAGCUAGCCAAGUGUGGCACCAUUUGUGGAGAUUUAUGAAAAAAAUCUUGACAUAUAUUUAAGAAAUAUUCUAAAUGAGUAGCCAGGUUUGACAUCAGUGUCAAUGAUACAUGAGAACCAACGGUAGGCUAAUCGACGUCAAAUGUGUGACGCAACUACAGGGCACUCAUUUGAAUUAGCAUACACUGUUAAAAACAGUUGUGCUGCUUAAUAUUUUUGUGUAAACAGUGUUACUUUUUUUUAAGGAUUCUCUGAUGAAUGUAAAUUUCCAAUGUAAAAGUGUCACUAUUGAUCAAUUUAGAUGUACUUGCUGAAUAAAAAAUAAU